AUGACACUAACGCCUCCAUGGCCAACGCCUCCACCACAUCAUGAUCGCCGAGGUUCCCACGAUAGCCAUCUUGAUGUAGCUGCUAAAACCAUUAAACCUGAAGCUAUUUUUGCAAGAGAAAGCCAUAAGUGCUUUGCAUUUGAAUCCUUUGUGUGUAAAACAAUUUUAAAAGGUUUUGACUCUCCUGACUUUGGGGUUGCAAAAGAUUCUAACUCAAAAAGACUUGACCCCGAGCAACAUUUCAACACAUUCAAGACCUUGAAAUCUGCACACCCUAAAUCAUUUUUAGCUCAAAACCUAAGCUCUUCUUUAGUUAGAUUCACCAAAACCAAGUACCUCAACCUUGUCUAUGCUAAAAUAGAAUGUUCCUUUUUUAGGAACUUAAACCAAAGCAAGAUAGUUACCUCCGAUGGGUUUCUGAAUACAACUUUUUUCACAGCUUUUGCAGAGAUGUUUAGACAAUCUUGGCUCUUGCAUUUCUUGGGAUUUUCAAUGCAUGAACAAGUUCCAAUCUUUCAAGUAAAGAAAGACUGUAGCUUAUCGGAGAUUUACAUUGAAAAUGUAACUGAAGAAUCACUUUUAUUGGAUGAAAUCAACGAUGGAAAUGUUGAUUCAAGUUUAUUUGUCUCCGGUGAUUACUCCUCUGGUCAGUCGAUGGGCGAUGAACUUGUUGUUGAGGACAGAAGAGUUAACUUCGAUUUUGACGAGGUUGAUGACUAUGGUGGGAACCUCGGUGAUCAUGAUGUGGAGGAGGGCGUUGGCCUUGGGAAUCGCUAG